AUGAGCGGCAGAACUGCCUUGAGCGAGUGCCAGUUCACCGCGUGCAGGAGCCUGCACCCCGACCACCUGUGGAUCUGGCGGCCCAACGUGUAUGUGGACGAGAAUGACCGCACCUGGCUGCCCAUCAUCAUGGAGACAGAAAGCAGCCUCCAAGUCCUCAUGCGCCAGAUCGAGGUCUCCCGCGGGGAGGCCAUGCAGCCCAGCCGGCUGCCCCCCAGCAUGCUGCCCCUCAUGUGGCAGCUCUACCCUGGGAGGCGGUACCGCGCCUCCGACUCCAGCUUCUGGCGCAUCGUGUACCACAUCGAGAUCAGUGGCGUCGAGGACAUGGUCCUUGAGCAGCUGCCAGACCCAUAG